CUCUCCUUCACUUACCACUUUCUUCGUCCCGCCAUAAACCGCCCACUGUCUCUCUACACAGCAUAUCUUCUACCGAUAUUUGAUAAUACUAACGUAUUCCCCUUCCUCUCGCUAACUCUAAACAACUGCUUUCUUUCCCUUUUUUUCUUUCCAUUUUACUCAACAGUAUUCAGCCCCGGAAGCAGCCCCUGCUGCUGACCAAAUGACGCCUCCUAGCUUCUCCUCUUCAAUGCCCGGCGGCAGCUUUCUUCCUUCCAUCCCGAACUCGAUUCCUGCAUAUCCUAAGACUGUUCCAGCCCAUGCAUUCCGCCAUCCAAAUCAGUCACCCUCGCCAACCUUUGGCCCCACCAGAAAACGCCUUCAAAGGGACAGCGGUUUCAGCGCCCAAAGUCCCCCCCCCUUCGAAGAUGCUGGCGAUUCUGACGAGGAUGUGAUGCGCAACAGCCUGUACUCAGAUAGCGCCUACCGAUCAACUUUAGCUACCUCUAACUCCCGGAAGAGGGGCUUGGCAGAUGACGAUGCGGAUGAUUAUGAACAUGGGCCCGGCGCGCGUUCUGGUGACGGAGCUGGGGACAGUAAUCGCCCUCCCAAGCGGAGGAUUAUUGACGUUGUUGGUAGCGUUGCCAGUAGGGUAUGGGAGUUUUGCAAGGCCAGGGUUCCGAUUUAUGGGCCUACAUCGAGGAUGACAGCUGCGGAAGUGGAUAUGAAUGCUGAUGAGCAUUUGUACGACCCUGGGAUGCCCAGUUAUCUCAUGAAUGGUGCUCAAUUUGGAACUGGUUUAUACGACAAUCAGCACUUUAUAGCCUCCUCACCUCCCCAACCUACAAAUGCUGGCGCCGGUGGGAUGAGUGGAGAAGAACAGAGUUAUUUUUCUUCGCGGGAUUUCUCUCCGAAUAAACAAGUAGAUGGUGGGUUAAGCUCCAGAUGGGUUAUGGUUUCACCUGCGCCAACAGCCUCUACAGCUCCUCAACAACAUAAUAAUAAGCCUUCCUUUUCAGCCUCCGCUUCUUCAUCACGGACAAGUACACCUACACACUCUCGCCGCCCCCAAUCAUCUGCCUCUUCCAAGCGCACUAACCGCCCAAUUAUUGCUUCCUCAGCCCGAAAGCGGCCUACGGUUGUCAGGCCUUCACACCAACGAUCCCGCUCGUCGUCGACAGUCACCUCUUCAACCUUUGCGCCACCACCACCGCAAUCAGCCUUCACCUUCCACAGCUCUCCUAUUAGCGGCGGUGCAUCGGUGGCUAAUACUAGGGGAAGGCGAAAGGGGCGCAUCCCUGGGCUAGCAGCAACACCAUCACUUGGCGACGAUGAGGAAGAUGAAUCCAUGCGGAGAUUCAACGAACGCCUCCGUGACAUGAUACGAGAGGGCCGGGAAGCACUAGGCAGCAAGGUGGAGGUAGUGUACGAUGAAGACGACGAUCUAGAGAACUUCUGA